UAAGUACUCGGUGUUGAAAGGUGCAGUGACGAUCAAAGAUGGCUGCGCCCGUGUGACCCCGGCGCGGGUGUUGACCUCUCUUAUUCCUCCUGGUCACCUGGGCCUUAUGGUGGCAGGCUGGGCACGAGGACCAUGCUGGGCCGGACCCUCCGAGAAGUUUCUACAGCACUGAAACAAGGCCACAUUACUCCAACAGAGCUCUGUCAAAAAUGUCUCUCCCUUAUCAAGAAGACCAAAUUUCUAAAUGCUUACAUUACUGUUUCAGAAGAGGUGGCCUUAAAGCAAGCUGAAGAAUCGGAGAAAAGAUACAAGAAAGGUCACUCACUUGGGGAUUUAGAUGGAAUUCCCGUUGCAGUAAAAGACAACUUUAGCACGUCCGGCAUUGAGACAACAUGUGCAUCAAACAUGCUGAAAGGUUAUGUACCACCUUACAAUGCUACAGUUGUUCAGAAAUUGUUGGAUAAGGGAGCUGUCCUGAUGGGAAAAACAAAUUUAGAUGAGUUUGCAAUGGGAUCUGGAAGCACAGAUGGUGUAUUUGGACCAGUUAAAAACCCCUGGAGUUACUCAAAACAAUAUAGAGGAAAGAGGAAGCAGAAGGCCCAUGGUGAGAAUGAGGAUUCAAAUUGGCUUAUAACUGGAGGAAGCUCAGGAGGGAGUGCGGCGGCGGUAGCAGCGUUCACAUGCUUUGCGGCUUUAGGAUCAGAUACAGGAGGAUCGACCAGAAAUCCAGCUGCCCACUGUGGGGUUGUUGGUUUCAAACCAAGCUAUGGCUUAGUUUCUCGUCAUGGCCUCAUUCCCCUGGUGAAUUCAAUGGAUGUACCAGGAAUCUUAACCAGAUGUGUGGAUGAUGCAGCAAUUGUGUUAGGUAUGCUGGCUGGGCAUGACCCCAAAGAUUCUACCACAAUACAAGAUUCUGUUAAACCAUUUACACUUCCCACUUUGGCAGAUGUGAACAAACUAUGUAUAGGAAUUCCAAAGGAAUAUCUCGCACCAGAAUUAUCAAGUGAAGUGAGAUCUUUUUGGUCCAAAGCUGCUAAUCUCUUUGAGUCUGAGGGGGCCAAAGUAAUCGAAGUGUCCUUGCCUCACACCAGUUACUCAAUUAUCUGCUACCAUGUAUUGUGUACAUCGGAAGUGGCAUCAAAUAUGGCAAGAUUUGAUGGGCUAGAAUAUGGUCACAGAUGUGACAUCAACGUGUCUACUGAAGCCAUGUAUGCUGCAACCAGGCGGGAAGGGUUUAAUGAUGUGGUGAGAGGAAGAAUUCUCUCAGGAAAUUUUUUCUUAUUAAAAGAAAACUAUGAGAAUUAUUUCAUUAAGGCACAGAAAGUGAGACGACUCAUUGCUAAUGAUUUUGUGAAUGUUUUUAACUCCGGAGUGGAUGUCUUGCUGACUCCCACCACCUUGAGUGAGGCGGUACCAUACCUGGAGUUCAUUAAAGAAGACAACAGGACACGAAGCGCCCAGGAUGAUAUUUUUACACAGGCUGUAAAUAUGGCAGGAUUGCCAGCAGUGAGUGUCCCUGUAGCCCUCUCAAACCAAGGUUUGCCAAUAGGACUCCAGUUUAUUGGACGUGCAUUUUGUGACCAGCAGCUUCUUACAGUUGCCAGUUGGUUUGAAAAACAAGUACAGUUUCCUGUUAUUCAGCUUCAAGAACUAAUGGAUGAUUUUUCAUCAGACUUUGAAAUCGAAAAGUUAUCUUCUGUUUCUCUAAAACAAUAGUGGUAAAUAUAGCAUGCAAAUUAAAAUAACUUGAAGAUUUUAUAUUCAAGAGAAGUCGGAUGAUCUUGCUAAAGUCCUAUAAUGUGGUUCAUUGUCAACACAAUCAUUCCUUGGAAUCACUUUUUAAAAGCUCCUGUGAUGGGCACCUGGGUGGCUCAGUCGUUAAGCAUCUGCCUUCGGCUCAGGUCAUGAUCCCAGGGUCCUGGGAUCGAGCCCUGCAUCAGGCUUCCUGCUCUGCAGGAAGCCUGCUUCUUCCUCUCCCACUCCCUCUGCUUGUGUUCCCUCUCUCGCUGUGUCUCUGCCAAAUAAAUAAAAAUAUUAAAAAAAAAAAAAACCUGUGAUAUAGUUAAUUAAUUAUAAGUCAUCUGUCAGCAUUUAUGAAGUAUCCACUAAGUAUAAAGUACAGGAUUUUUACAUUAACACAGACACAUGUUCCUGGAAAAUGAUGCAUUCUGCAAAAAUGUUCAUUAAUAAGAGCUUAGAGUAAAGGUAAGCUUAGGGAUAAGCCUCUCAGAACUUGCACAUCUUUGUAACCAAAGUGAUAAUAAAGGCUAUAAUUUGUACCUCCAGAGAGAACCUCAACAGCCAGGCAGAUAGGCAAUUCAAACGUAGUGGAGGCUGCCUCGGGGGAUGUUAAAAAUGCACAAAAACAAUAAAAUGGGAAUAUUUGCUUCUGAGUGCUGAACAAAGGAGGUAGAAGGGGAGCUCUGAGCACUGGAGGAAGUGCAACCUGCUGGGUCCCAGAGUCAUGCAAGACGGGGCGUAUGCCUCUCUGGGGAAGAGCCCAGGUGCAGACGCUCUUGAUUUCUCUAAAAAUAGAGCUGCAAUGACUGAAAACUUUCUCCUGUUUUGCUAAAGGUGAAAAUUUGACUUCUACCAUCCCAGAACCCCAUGCAAAGGAACCAGAAAAACUCCAUGUGACUUCAUUUUCCUAUUUACCAAUCACAAAUGAAGUCGCUGGUAUCAUAGAAACAUUUGUUGUAACCUAAGAGACCAUAUUGGACUUGAAACUUGGGAGGCAGGGCGCCUGGGUGGCUCAGUCGUUAAGCGUCUGCCUUCGGCUCAGGUCAUGAUCCUAGGGUCCUGGGAUUGAGUCCCACAUCGGACUCCCUGCUCGGCAGGAAGCCUGCUUCUUCCUCUCCCACUCCCCCUGCUUGUGUUCCUGCUCUUGCUCUCUCUCUGUCAAAUAAAUAAAUAAAAUCUUAAAAAAAAAAAAUUGGGGAGGCAGUGGAGCAUGAUUUUAUUGAGAAAGUUUCAAGAUACAAGUAUAUUCAAUAUGAAAAACUGGUAGAUAAUUUGGUGAGGAUGCCAAAGAUAGGAGGCCCAUAGCCUCCUCCCUUACCCCAGAUUCUCUAUUCCUUAUGGUUUCCUUACCCCCUUAGCUUUCUUUACAAGUGCUCUCUGUGUCCCUUGAGCCCAAAGAGACAUUAACACGAAUCUGUAUUCAAUAGGAAAGAAAAUUUUAUGAAAAUCCUAGAUUUACCUAACACUAUAAAGUUUCAUCAUUGGAUUUGUCUUUGCCAGAAUACCACUGUCAUCUCGUGUUGAUCAGGUUCUAAUUUGGCACUUACAUAUUACUGAUAAGAAUACGGAAGCUGAAUUAUUAUUUAAUACAUUCACUUUGUUUAGUAAUAAGUCUUUUCUAAAUAUGAAGUACCUGAGGGAAAAAAUCUUAAGUGGCAGAACCUUCUGCAGAGCCACUGGAAUGUUGCAUGGGAGGAAGUUAGCCUGCCUGUUACUUUCUCAUUAAUAGUUUUCUCUCCUCCCAGGAUCCUUCCACUUUCAAAUAGUCUGACAAGCUUUAUAUAAAAUCUUUUUGUGCCAGGCCCACUAGUUUUCUUAUAAAUCAUGACUCUGAAUUUGUGAAUGAGGAAGAAAUUCACAAGAGAGAAUUGCAUUUUUUUUAUGACAAGGGAAAACCAUCUUCAUUGAAGGAGCUAAUAUGAUGUAAAAAUCAAAGAAUAAAUCUUAGCUCCAGUCUUUUUUUAAUGUGUGUAUAAUUUGAAGUGAAUUUUUUUCAAAGGAUAUUUAUGUCAUUUCUCUGAUUCCUGUAUCUGCUUGAGCUGCGCUGAUGAUUUGAAUCUGGAACUAGGGAAGUGAAACAUUGACUAUUCUCACAUAAUACCCAACUAGCAUGAAAUAAUACCUAAUUUGUUUCUCUUUCUUCUCCAUCUCUACCCUAAAUCUAGUAGAUCUCAUUUCACCAAAUCAUUGUCUGGGAAUUUAAAUGGGAAAUGGUUUCUGUAUCUCCACUAAUUAAGUCCUGAAAUUGUUAGCAAUUCUGAAAGGCAAAGGUGGGUGCAAGGGUAACAUGAGUUCCCUGAUAAGACACAGCAAAACAAAAAGAAGUUAGAUUCAACCACAAAAACAUCAGUAGAGUGAAAGAAUGUGAUGAGAUCACAAAACCUGGCACCCCAACACCACCUAGAGCCCAGGGAGCAAGUGGGAAAGUCAGUGUUCCGUGUUGGCCCCCAGUGUUACCAAGAAAAUCACUUGAAACCAGGGAGGCAUAAUGUUCUCUUUGGCUCUUUGCUACCAGGUCAUCAGGAACACAGAGGACCUUGAGCGGGCUAGAAAAGACAGCCUGCUACCAAAAAGGAGCUUCUAAAAAUGACAAGGAACGGUGACUCCUAUUAAGAAAUCACCUCUACCUUCUAACGUAGACAAGAAAUACCUUUAGGAUUUUUUUUUUUUUUUAAGAUUUUAUCCAUUUAUUUGAGAGAGAGAGAAAGAGCCAGCAUGAGCGGUGGGGAGGGGCAGAGGGAAAAAAAGCAGACUCCCCACUGAGCAGGAAGCCCAAUGCAGGAGGGCUUGAUCCCAGGACCCCAGGAUCACAACCUGAGCUGAAGGCAGACACCCAACUAACUCAGCCAUCCAGGCUGCUCCCUUUAGGAUUUUAGACUGAAGGACUGUGAGAGAACCAUUACAGGGCACCAGUAGGUAGAGUUCAGGGAUGCUGCAAACUGUGUCAUACCCUGUUCCAGUCAAGGAAGGGGAGCAAGCUAAUGGAAUUUUCACAAUAGCUUCUGUUAUGAAUUUUCAUUCAUUAACUACUUUUGAUCUCCCUUUCCUCAAGCAUCUGAUUAUCUAUACCAAGGUUAAAAGUGCAUUGACUGUGCAAGCCUGGGGUAAGAUGUGUUCUAGAAGCACCAGAGGACACUUAGAGUAGAAGGUCUUGCUCAGUUAUUUCGUGACUUAAGCAGUGUGUACACUAGAACAUAAACCUGAAGUUUUAAUAAAGGCAAAUAAUAUGAGAAAACUCAGCCAACGUUAAAUAAAAUUAUUAGAGGAUUUCAGAGGUUUUUUUUUCUUCUUCCAUUUCUUUUUCUUUACACCUCAAUGGAAUAUAAAUCCAGAAGGAUUUUAGGCAAUUUAUUAAAAACAUAUUAUUGCAAUGGUAUAAAAGUAAAUAGUUGAGGAAAUCAGUAAAGUGAUAAAAGUAACAAGAAAGGAUAAAACCAGGAAUAAAGUUCAAAAUAAAAAGGCUUCUCAAGGUAUUUAUAUAGAUACUUAAACCUGUAUAGUAUGACACAGUGGGAAAUUUUCCAGUAGCUUACCUAGUGAGGUAGGUAAGGCCACCAGAUUUAAAAAUCAAAUAAACUUGGGUUUGAGCCCCAUUAUUGCCAUUUACAAGCUGCGUAACCUGUCCGAGCUUCAGUAUCCUGACUGAAUAUAGAGAUAAUAUUUACUCCAAGGGAUGGUUGGGAGGAUUAAAUUUAAAUGAUGCACUGAAAGCACCUAGCAUGAUGCCUGCUAGACCAAGCACUUAAUAAUUUGUAGCUGAAAGUAAGUGCAUACAAUUAUAAACUUAAGUCAUUUUCCUAUACAGUUGACCCUUGAACAACACAGGUUUGAACUGCAUGGGUUCACUUACAUGUGAAUUUUUUUAUAAGUACAGUACUGUAAAUGUAUUUUCUCUUCCUUAUGCUUUUCUUAAUAAAAUUUUCUCUAGCUUAUUUUAUUGUUAAGAGUACAGUAUAUAAUGCAUAUAGCUACCCAAUGCUCUGGCUUCCCCUGAGGAUGAAGUUUAAAAUAUGAGGAAGAACUGAUGGCCUGUAUAUUUCUAAAGCAAUUUCCAUGAGCUUUUUUUUUUAAAUAAAGAAUUGGAUAACACAGUGUUCAAAGACCUGAAGGUCUUCCAAAGGCCUCUGUGCUCUGCCAAUCAAAUGAAGAGCAAGACCAACAUGCUCUUUUAAGAAUGAAGCCUCCCAACUUCCCUAAUUUGGGGAAGGAAACAGGCAUCAAAAUCCAGGAUGCACAGAAAAUCCCCCUCAAAAUCAAUAAAAAUAGGUCAACACCCUAACAUCUAAUAGUAAAACUUACAAGUCUCAGAGACAAAGAGAAAAUCCUGAAAGCAGCUCGGGACAAGAGGUCUGUAACCUACAACAAUAGAAACAUUAAGUUGGCAGCAGACCUAUCCACAGAGACCUGGCAGGCCAGAAAGGACUGGCAUGAUAUAUUCAGGGCACUAAACGAGAAAAAUAUGAAACCCAGCUAGUCUGUCACUGAAAAUAGGAGAGAGAAACUUCCAGGACAAACAAAAACUAAAAGAAUUUGCAAACACGAAACCAGCCCUACAAGAAAUAUUGAAAGGGGUCCUCUAAGCAAAGAGAGAGCCUAAAAGUAACAUAAACCAGAAAGGAACAGAGACAAUAUACAGUAACAGUCACCUGACAGGCAAUACAAUGGUACUAAAUUCUUAUCUUUCAAUAGUUACCCUGAAUGUAAAUGGGCUAAAUGCCCCAAUCAUAAGACACAGGGUAUCAGAUUGGAUUAAAAAAAAAAAAAAACCCCACUGAUAUGCUGUCUGCAAGAGACUCAUUUUAGACCCAAAGACACCUCCAGAUUUAAAGUAGGGGGUGGGGUGGAAAACCAUUUACCAUGCUAAUGGACAGCAAAAGAAAGCUGGGGUAGCAAUCCUUAUAUCAGACAGAUUAGAUUUUUAAGCCAAAGACUAUAAUAAGAGAUGAGGAAGGACAUUACAUCAUACUUAAAGGGUCUAUCCAACAAGAAGAUCUAACAGUUGUAAAUAUUUAUGCCCCUAACAUGGGAGCAGCCAAAUAUAUAAGCCAAUUAAUAACAAAAUCAAAGAAACACAUUGACAAUAAUACAAUAAUAGUAGGGGACUUUAACACUCCCCUCACUGAAAUGGACAGAUCAUCUAAGCAAAAGAUUAACAAGGAAAUAAAGGCUUUAAAUGACACACUGGACCAGAUGGACUUCACAGAUAUAUUCAGAACAUUCCAUCCCAAAGCAACAGAAUACACGUUCUUCUCUAGUGCACAUGGAACAUUCUCCAGAAUAGAUCACAUCCUAGGUCACAAAUCAGGUCUCAACUGGUACCAAAAGAUUGGGAUCAUUUCCUGCAUAUUUUCGGACCACAAUGCUUUGAAACUCGAACUCAAUCACAAGAGGAAAGUUGGAAAGAACUCAAAUACGUGGAGGCUAAAGAACAUCCUACUAAAGAAUGAAUGGGUCAACCAGGAAAUUAAAUAAGAAUUUUUAAAAAUUCAUGGAAACAAAUGAAAAUGAAAACACAACUGUUCAAAAUAUUUGGGAUGCAGCAAAGGUGGUCCUAAGAGGAAAGUAUAUAGCAAUACAG